AUGAAGGGUCGAAGGUUGAACAAUCAUGAUUCACAUUCACUCCCAAUGGGCCUCUGCUACACCGGCUUUCUAGCAAUGUUUUCGAUGGCAUGCUUCACAUCACUCCUCCUUGACGUGGAAGGAAUGAUGUCCCGUGUACGACCAACAGCCGCCGUUACAGGAUUUUUUGACCCAGCUUCUUCAGUGCACACUGUACAGCAGGUUCCCAAACAUUUUCCAAAGGUCGAAAACACCGCAGGCACAACAAGUGUUCAAUACCAUGAUCUCAAUGGGAAUCCAAUAUUUGUCCCGGAUCAAGCUGGAGGAUCCUGGGGCCCAGGAGGUCAAAACCCAGUCAUUGGACAUGCUGUCAAACCAAAUGUAGAACUGCCCCAGGGAGGAUUCCCCAGGACUAAGUUGGGUGAAAAACCCAAGGAAAGAUUCAAGUGGAAAAAUAUUUCAACUAGCAUCAAGAAUUGGAUCAAAAAUUUCAUUGCCAAAUUCAAGAGAGCAUUUACCUGGGGGAGAAAAAAUAAUAAACCACCAGUAUCAGGAAAUCCCACAAAUGUUAACGUAGUAGCCCCAGGAUCUACCAUCAAGCCAAACAAAGUAGGCCCAGGAUCUACCAUCAACGCAAACGGAGCAGCCCAAGGAAAACCCAGCCAAACAAACUAUGUAGCCCCAACUGCCAACAGUCCAUUAUACCCAAGCCCAGUUGGUGAUUCCUACCUGAGUCACUCUUCUUCCUCCAGCAGUGGCAGUCCAGGUCAUGAAAGCUCCAAUUGGGACUCAUUUUCAGAUGGAUCUGGUUCCUGGAGCCCUCAACACCAGAAGCCUUCACCACACCCUGCACCUCUGAAGCCUUCAUCACACCCUCCACCUCUGCAGCCUUCAUCACACCUUCCACCUCUGCAGCCUUCAUGGCUUCAGCAGUCAUCAGCUCCCCAUCAUCUGCAGCCACAACCACCACGGCAAGGUACCAACAGUGUGGUGUAUGAAUUGGAUAAUAAAAAACUAGUAACUCACUUACCAGCACCAGAAAUUGCCAUGUGGGUUUCUGUCAACUACCUCCCAGGUUAUGCAGUUACACAAAGAUUUAUAGAACCAGAUGGUAACUGUAUGUUUAGAGCAUUCGCUCACAUAGUUCACCAAGAUCAAGAAAAAUAUCCAAUGAUCAAAAAGGAAAUCCUGGACUACAUAAAAAAGAACCCGGGUGAAUUCAUAGAUUCUAUUGAAGGACAUGAAAAUCCAAUUAUAAGAAUGCAGCAACACCUUGAAUUUAUGGAGAGAGAAGGUGCAUGGGGUGGUCCUACUGAGCAAUCUGCCUUUCAAAAGAUCUAUAAGAAAAAUCAUAUUAUUCUGAUUGAUAGAGACAGAUCUGUGCAUCCUUCGGUUCAUAAAUUGGAUCAAGAAUCUGAAGAGUUUGUGGGACUGUUUUUACAUGGUCACCAUUAUGAGCUAUUGGCAAAAGGAUUGAAUAAUUGCCAUUUUAAACUAAUAACCCAUCAUAUAUUUUUCAUGAAGACCCUGAUGGGCGCUUGGUACAAGAUAGCUGGGAAAGAUAUUGGCAAAUGA